UUUGGCCUUCUUUCUUUCCCCUCUCUCUCAGUCAGUCUUUCGUUCAAGCAUAUAAGGCCGUUCUCCCCUCCAUUUUUGUACAUCGAGUUUAAUCUUUGCAUUUAUUUCAUUACACCGUUUCAAAAUCAUCAUAAUGGGCUCUGAAACACCGUCUAAUGCCCUCUGGACUACGCAGUCUGUGCUGGCCACCCUUCCUCACCCCCCUGAGGAGAACUCCGCUUCUCCGAUUCCGUUCUUCCACCUUCUUGAGCGCCUGAAGACCACCAAGAGGGAAGGCUGGCGCCGCUUCGGUAUCACAGAAGGCGAAUCGAUCUCGGACCAUAUGUACCGUAUGUCGGUGAUGACGAUGCUCGCCCCGCCUUCGCUCGCCCCACGGCUCAACCUGCCCCACUGCAUGAGGAUGGCUCUCAUUCACGACAUGGCGGAGUCGUUGGUUGGCGACAUCACCCCAGUAGACAACGUUGACAAGAAAGAGAAGGCACGCCGCGAGGCUGACGUGAUGAACUACAUCACCAAGAACCUGCUGGGAGGUGUUCCCGGUGGAAUGUUGACCGGAGAUGAGGUUAUGAAGGUGUUCCAGGAGUAUGAGGAUAACGAGACACUGGAAGCCAAGUACGUCCACGAUAUCGACAAGAUGGAGCUUCUUCUGCAGAUGGUCGAAUACGAACGUACCCACGAUCUCGAUCUGUCUGAGUUCUGCCAUGUUGCGAACCGUGUCCAGCUACCGGAGAUCAAGGAAUGGGCGGCGACGGUACUCCAGGAGCGGGAAGCUUUCUGGAAGAAGAAGGCUGCCAAUGGAGUUCAGGCAUAAGAGUGUGAAUCAUUGAUGAGAGUGAUAUUCUUUCGGUU